AGCCCUGCAGCCUGCUACAUGCUUCCCCGGCUGGAGAACACCAACACACCUUCAGUGUUGGUGUCAUUUGAAGAUGUGGCUGUGGACUUUACCCAGGAAGAAUGGCAGACAAUGGACAAUACUCAGAGGACCCUGUAUAGGGAGGUGAUGCUUGAGACCUAUAACAAUCUGCUGUCCUUGGGGUACUCCAUGACAAAGCCUGAUGUGAUAUUCAAGUUGGAGCAAGAAUCAGCACCAUGGACAGUGGAAAAACCUGUGAAGCAGAGACUUCCAGAUCCCCAUGGAAAGAAUGAGCAGCUUGGAGCUAAUCAAAACGGUCAAGAAAUAUUCUUCAGCAACACUUCAAAGCACAUCAGAGAAUCCACACUGGUGAAAAACCUUAUGAAUGUAGCGAGUGUGGAAAAGGAUUUCAUCAUAAGUCAAGCAUGA